AUGGCGCAGCGCGUUUUCAUCGUCACCGGCGGCAACAAGGGCAUUGGCUUCGAAACGGCGAAGAAACUUUGCCGGGAUUUGAAAGGCGAGAAUGCAGUUGUUGUAAUUACUUCGAGAGACAAAGAAAAUGGCGUUCAAGCCCUCGCGAAACUCGCCGCCGAAGGCCUCAAAGCUGAAAUGGAAUUGCUGGAUAUAACAAAGAAAGAAAGUCGGGAAAGUUUUGUGGCGGCGAUAAAGAGCAAGUACGGCCACGUCGAUUCGCUGGUGAACAACGCGGGUUUCGCCUUCAAGAAAACAGCGACAGAGCCAGUUGCUGUUCAGGCCAAAUUCACCUGCGGCAUCAACUACUACGCAACGAGAGACAUCACCUUGGACAUGGUCGGCCUUUUCAAGUCCGGCUCCCGCAUCGUCAAUGUGGCUUCGUUGGCCGGCGAAAUGGCUCUGCAGGAAAUGUCCGCUGAGCUGCGCCACCGCCUAAUGAGCAGAUCUGCAAAGCAAGAGGAUAUCGACAAAGUGGUGGAUGAGUUCAUCAUUGCAUGCGAAAAGGGGCAGCAAGAGGGCUGGCCUUCCUCGACUUACGGCCUUUCCAAGCUGCAGCAGCAGCAGCAGCUGCAGCAGCAGCAGCAGCAGCAGCAGCUGCAGCAGCAGCAGCAGCAGCAGCAGCUGCAGCGGCAGCAGCAGCAGCUGCAGCGGCAGCAGCUGCAGCGGCAGCUGCUGCUGCUGCAGCUGGCAGCAAGGAGACAAAAGCCAGCUCCGGAGCCCAUCCCUUUGGCUUCUGUGCUUCUUUGCAAUAUUUUCGUGAACGAGGGUUCAGGGCUUCACCCGCUGCUGCUGCUGCUGCUGCUGCUGCUGCUGCUGCUGCCUCAGGCUGCGCUGAUCGGCUUGACUGCUGCUUGGGCCCGCAAGGUCGACAACUGCCCCUCUAUGGAGGCCUGCAGGGAUAUGGUGAUUACUUGCUGCUGCCCCGGGUGGUGCAAGACGGACUUGGCGGGCUGGGAGGCCCCGCCACUGACAGCAGCAGAUGGGGCCAACGUGGUGGCGCCUCUGGCCCUCAGCAGCAACAAGCAGCAGCACCACGGCAAGUUCGUCCGCAGCAAAGGCAUUGUUGACCUUUCUGAGGACUGA